AUGGCCUUUGGCUCCGCCGAUUCUCAACUGCUCUCGACACCUGAGCUCGCGUCGCAAAUUACUACCAACAUUACCAUGGAUCCCCCGAACCUGUCCAAAUCUCCGCAGCAGCUGAGUGAGGAGCCCACCAGCCUGCACCAAUUUCUGGAAAUUCUAGCUGCGGAAGAGGCAGCGGCAGAGGCUGCUGUGGCUGCUAACGGCGACACCACCGCCGACGAUUUCCCAACCAAUCCGGCCGAGCAACGUGCGCUUGUCGAGCGACUCAUCAAAGCAAUGUUGAACACCGUCGACAUUGUCGAUAACUAUUGCAACAAUUCCAUGGAGAACUCCGAAGUCAAGUUCAUCCACAGUCUGCCGAGAGCGAAGCUAGUUAGAAAGGCUUGGGAAGUCAUGGUGAGUAACCAAGCCACUAUGAAUCAUACCGCCCCGGCCAUGGCCUAUACUCACAGCUCGCUUUCUCAGUGGUUCAAUUACAACGUACAACGAGGCAUCAUCCAUCCGAAGGCUUUCUCCGCAGAGAUUCCGAACUACAUGACCAGAUUGAGGUUGUCUCUAUGCACCUUUCGGAGCUCCAAAGCGGCUUGCUGCGACUUGUUCACCCUUCCUAUGAUCUGGAGGUACACUUGCAACCCGGUCCGCGAGUUGGAGAUCAAGGUGUCGAACAAUCACACAAACAAGUUGAAGGAGUAUUGCAAGUUCCUUGACCAAGUUUCCAAGUUCGGUGGCUCUUAUGAGACCGUCGGCAAUGUGACUUAUGUUAGGAAGUCUACAGGUGAGGUCGUCGCGACGCUCACCCGGCCUACAAAGCGCCCUCUCACGGACUUCUUGGACGAUGACCUCGCCGCCUACGCAAGGCGUCAUCGCCUGUCAAUGGCGCAACUGGUGGUGUUUUUGGCCACCAUUCAAGAGGAGUCUGAUAAUGAAGACGAGGCUGCCGACCAGGAGGAGCCUGACUGCGAGGAGGAGCCUGACUACGAGGAGGAGCUUGCCGACCGUGGCGAUUGUACCGACGAUGGCGGUUGGGAUGCAGAUAAGCCACAAGCCGACAACGAACACGCCUCUGACGACAACCUUGGUCUUCAGGAGGAAUUCCUCAUCGAUCAGCAUCCCCAUUUGGACGCUCUACAGCAACCAAACAUUCGGAGCGAUGAGGAUUCAGCAUCUCUCAAGAUCGACUACGAUGAUGUCGACCCUGAACUGGAAGACACCCAGUCCAAUGUUUCUCUCACCUCAAAGGGCUUGGCCACUGCCGAACCGAGCCCCGACCAUCGCCUAUCUCCCGAGCACAUCAUCCGUAACGCUGCAGACUUCUUUCAGCGAGAGGCAGCAGAGAGGGCAGCGGAGAGGGCAGCGGCCCUUAACGGCGCAAACGCCGGGAACUGUGAUGACUUCCCCGAUGAUGACAAUGGGCAGCUCGUACUAGUCGACCAGAUGAUUGAGGCUAUAGACAACACCGAUGGCGUCAUUGACAAUGACAAUUCGGACCAGAAGGCGAUUCGCGAACUUCCUGGCGACAAAAAGGAAAAGAUAGCCUGGAGGGCUAUGUUCAAGAUCAGAGAUGUCCAGCGUGGCCUCCACCACCCCGACCUUCUUACGGUCACCUUCCCGAACUACAUGAGCAGGUUUCGGGCAACUUGCGCCCUUGUUCGCUCCAGCAAGGCUGCAGCAACCCAGUUCUUCGCCGUCCCUUUGUUCGACCGCUUUAUCGCCAACCCUAUCAUGGAGUUGGAUAACAAACUGUCAAACAACAACACGAACGCGAGCAAAGCUUACAACGGCGAAGUCAAAGGCGCGGAGAAGAACAGCCGCACUGUCACGAAGUUCGACAACCGCGCUGAGAUCAGAGAUGCUUCCGGUGAGCUCAUUAAGAUCCUCAUGAAGCCGAGGAAGCGCGUCCUGAGCGAGUUUCUUCCCCCGGACCUAGCUCGGUCCCCAGCCGCGAAGGUCAAGCGGGCCAGAGGAAGCCGCAGAGGCGCGGGUGCGUCCCCAACCCCGGUAGCUUCGUUCGUUACUCCUGCCAAUGGAGGAUCGCCUUUGCAGAACAUCGCCGCUGCCAAUACUCUUCCCGCCAUUCAGGAGGAUGAUGAGCCUAUCGAAGCUUCCGCUGUUCAGGCAAGCCCAGCCGAUACCAUUCUCGAUGACUUUCAUGCGAACGAUCAGCAUCUUAAAGCGGGUCAGAGCAACGAUGGCAAGAAUCACGAUGACCAUCCUCGCACCGAAAGUAUCAAUCCCGAGCAUAGCUCUCCAAGUGCCGACCAGAGCAGUUCAUACCAGAAGUACGCGAACUAUGGCGGCAUGAACAAUACCGGCAUGGACAACGGCUACGUGGUCAAUGGCUACAUCCACAACAUGGAUAACGCCUACCUGGAUAACACCAGGCUCAACAACACCGGUCCGAACGUCGCCCAGAACAACAUCGACCAGAGCAAUGCCGGAGAUGUCCAACCCCCCCUGUCUUUUACGCCUUAUCAAGAGGAGUUUUACCCCAUUCCAAACCAGUCUGCACCUCCUAAUCAAUUUGAGGCCGACCCCGGCUGGGCUUCGUUGCAAGCAGGGCCUGGAAGUUCAGCAAGUAUCACUUUGACCCCCCCUGUCGAUCCCAUGCUGGAGGAGUAUUCCACCGACAUCAACAGCUACACUCCCACAGGUUCUGGACAAUCUGGAGGUGCAAUGGUCAAUCAGGACGGUAACCUCGUCCAGAACAGUGCCGGUUCCGACUUGGGGGGGGGGGGGGGGGGGGGGAGGCGACUGCGUCCGGAGGAGGUUGAGUGA